GAUACAGUAAGUACAUCAAGAAUAUAAACGUGUUUGAUAAAAUGAACAUUUUAAAAACAUGGCACCAGGCUAUGAUUCUUCUUCCUGCACACCUUCAUGCCUAACUUUUUGAAAGGACUUGAGACAUAUAAAUCACAAUUUUAAAAAAUUAUAGUUUCCAUGCCUUCGUGGUGGAUCAAUUUCCGUAGAAGUCUACCAAAAUGACUUAUUUUCAUCCCUGGGAACCAACUGCAAGAGAGAAAAUGAAAGGAAUAUCAUAUUCUUUCUAUGUAGGCAGAGUGGACUUGAGUGCGGGUCAGAAACACUGAUUUCAGUUUGUGCACUACAACUUGAUGACUUGGGUGAUGUUUGGCUUCUCAGAACUUUGGGAGAUGAAUUUGAAAAACAGAUAAUACCACACUAUAUAAUUCAGAGGAUUACCUCAGCUUACAAACAGCAAAUGAGACGCAAAUGUGAGACAUAAUUCAUAUUUCUAAGCAGUUGGAGCCCUGAUAUAGCACUGGGGUUAUAGAGAAGUUGGGGAAAAUGUCAACCCAGUGAUGUCAUACUCCUAGGCCAGGCCCUAAGAUUUUUUGGAACCUGGCGGGCUGAGCACAAUAGGGAAAGCCUCAGCACCCUGACUUGGCACAAUGGCACCCUUAAGGCUCUUUGCUCACUCAAUUCUUAGUAGCUCUCCUAAAGCACAGGGGUGUUUUCUUCCAGUUCUCUGCGUAGACUUUGCUAUGCCUCUCCGCCCACUGCCUCAUCCAGAGAAACACUCGUAUCCACCACCGCUCCUCACUUUCCCUCACGCACGGCUCUAGAAAGACGAGGAGAAGGCGCGGCGUAGGCUUUAUAUACUUUGCCAGCCAAUGACCGCGCCGUCUCCUUUCCGGUCGGCGAUCCGACCAAUCCAAGAAGGCUGGUGCAAUCUUCGGCUCUACUCGGCUCUUUUCGCUGAUGCGGGCAGCUUGGGGGCCGCGGCAGCUAGAGAGACGCUUUCCUUUUUAAUUUUUUUUCCAUGUGUUCACUUCCGGGUCCGGCGUCGAUCCGGAUGCCCGAGGCAGAAGGAUGUUUGACCUCCGGAUAAGCGAGGCGCCGCUGUGCAUUCAUUCCCAGCUGCAUCGGUGGCGACAGCAGAGGCUCGGGCGGCGACUCUCCGGCCAGCGGCGGCGGUAGGAGACACCAGCGGCAGUGCAAGGACCGAAUCCGAGCAGCGCUGCGUUACCUCGCUCGCUCCUUCCCCCCUACCUCGCUCGCUCGCUCCCUGCGUGCUCGCUUUCCUCCUCCGGCCGCCGGCGGGUGUGAUGUGCCGCCGUCGCUGCCCCCGCCGGCGCUGACUGACUGACUGGGGGCGCCGCCCGCGCCCGGGACCGACCCCGCUGCUCGCGGCCGCGCCUCUGAGCUGCAAAUUCUGAUCUGUGAUCACUGGUGUGUUGCCUGAGCCUCACCUCCUUGUGCUGUGGUCAGGAAAUUGCUCCUAGCCAGAGAGCUUGGAUGAAGCUCUCUAUCAAUAUCAGCUCACAUCAUUGAAAAGAUAAUUUUGAAGACAUGUUUUGCUGAAAAGACAACUGAGAAAAAUUUUACGAAUGGGAUGAGCAUGCUGCAGUUAAUUGACUACCUACUGCAAUUUGAAUGUUAACAUUACCCAUCUGGUACAGUUACCUAGUGAUGUACCUAUUUUCACAAUACCCUAUUUCAGUGUGCUUGUCUUGAUUAAAGAAUUCAAAGUGGAGUACCGCAAACUUGAUAUGGAAAAUAAAAAGAAAGACAAGGACAAAUCAGAUGAUAGAAUGGCACGACCUAGUGGUCGAUCAGGACACAACACUCGAGGAACUGGGUCUUCAUCGUCUGGAGUUUUAAUGGUUGGACCUAACUUUAGAGUUGGAAAAAAAAUUGGAUGUGGCAAUUUUGGAGAAUUACGAUUAGGGAAAAAUUUAUACACAAAUGAAUAUGUGGCAAUUAAGUUGGAGCCCAUGAAAUCAAGAGCACCACAGCUACAUUUGGAAUACAGAUUCUAUAAGCAGUUAGGAUCUGGAGAUGGUAUACCUCAAGUUUACUAUUUCGGCCCUUGUGGUAAAUACAAUGCUAUGGUGCUGGAACUACUGGGACCUAGUUUGGAAGACUUGUUUGACUUGUGUGACAGAACAUUUUCUCUUAAAACAGUUCUCAUGAUAGCUAUACAACUGAUUUCUCGCAUGGAAUAUGUCCAUUCAAAGAACUUGAUAUACAGAGAUGUAAAACCUGAGAACUUCUUAAUAGGACGACCAGGAAACAAAACCCAGCAAGUUAUUCACAUUAUAGAUUUUGGUUUGGCAAAGGAAUAUAUUGAUCCAGAGACAAAGAAACACAUACCAUACAGAGAACACAAGAGCCUUACAGGAACAGCUAGAUAUAUGAGCAUAAACACACAUUUAGGAAAAGAACAAAGUAGAAGAGAUGAUUUAGAAGCUUUAGGUCAUAUGUUCAUGUACUUUCUGAGAGGCAGUCUUCCUUGGCAAGGCUUAAAGGCUGACACAUUAAAAGAGAGGUAUCAGAAAAUUGGAGAUACAAAACGGGCUACACCAAUAGAAGUAUUAUGUGAAAAUUUUCCAGAAGAAAUGGCAACAUAUCUUCGUUAUGUAAGAAGGCUAGAUUUUUUUGAAAAACCAGACUAUGACUACUUAAGAAAGCUUUUUACUGACUUGUUUGAUCGAAAAGGAUAUAUGUUUGAUUAUGAAUAUGACUGGAUUGGUAAACAGUUGCCUACUCCAGUGGGUGCAGUUCAGCAAGAUCCUGCUCUGUCAUCAAACAGAGAAGCACAUCAACACAGAGAUAAGAUGCAACAAUCCAAAAACCAGUCGGCAGACCACAGGGCAGCUUGGGACUCCCAGCAGGCAAAUCCCCACCAUUUGAGAGCUCACCUUGCAGCAGACAGACAUGGUGGCUCGGUACAGGUUGUAAGUUCUACAAAUGGAGAGUUAAACACAGAUGACCCCACCGCAGGACGUUCAAAUGCACCCAUCACAGCCCCUACUGAAGUAGAAGUGAUGGAUGAAACCAACUGCCAGAAAGUGUUGAACAUGUGGUGCUGCUGUUUUUUCAAACGAAGGAAAAGGAAAACCAUACAGCGCCACAAAUGACUCUGGACACAGACAGAUCCUGGGGAGUUACUUACAUGUUCAUCUGCUGUCUUGUGAUUAAAAUCAUCUCUGUAGUGACCACAUAUAUUUUCAAGGACUCACUCUUAGAAACAAAAAUGUCAUACUUUCAUACUUCAUUUUGUGGUUGUCUUACAUUCUUUUUUUUUUUUUCUAAUUGAACUUUUAUGGAAGCUUUAAAGUUUUGUCAAAACAUGAGUGCUCUGCCCAUCAAUGAAUGGAAUGGACCAAUGAGGUGGUAUCAAUGAAUAUAGUUCUAUAGAACAUUUUUCAGAAGUUCUUCUGUUGCAGAAAGCAUACAGUAUCUUAAGUGUCAACCAGUUGUAUACCUAAUCUGGUUUUUUAUAACUUCUGUAAGGGCAUAAUCAAACAGGAAUUUUCUUUCUCAGUGGAUAAUACAACAGAGAAAACAGAGUUGCCCAAAUGUUUAAAAGAAGUUAUUCCUUGAGAAGUUCAUAUUUUGUGACAUCUGCAUUGAUUUCAGUGUUACUGAUGGUACUGUUAUUCAUAAGUCAUAUUAACAUUCUCUCUGUGAAAUCAUGGUACAGUCACUGCCCAGAGGUACUGAGGAAAAAGCAAUAUGGGUUCCGCAGAUGGUAGUGGUAAAAUGAAUCUUAAGUAGUGCGGUAAAUAUGUGCUCUGCUUUUGUUGCACCACCAUGUGAAGUACUGUGUUGCAGAAGUGGCAAAAGCGCUUAUUUUUUAAAAUGCAAAAUAUUUGUACAAUGUAACUUUAUGCUUCCAAAUAAUAAUGUAUGUUAGACAUCAAGAAAUGAAUACUUUAAACAGUGAUAUAUGUUGGAGUUACAAAGAAAUACACUAAGGAGAGGUAGUAAAUGUGAACCUUGUUGCAAUGUGUAAGGUGGAAGCCUAAAGAAAUCUCACUGAAACUUACUGCUGAAUGAUUACAUUCUCCCCCAAGCAGAAAACUUUGGAUGUGCCAUGCAAUGGUGUCUGUGUAAUUAUUUUGCUCUUUGAUAAAAAAAAAGACCCCCAGCAAUAAAAAGUGGGUCACUCUAUGCCCUCUGUGCACAUUAGUCUCUUGUAUUCAACUUUGCUGAUUCUCUGGAAUUUUCCUACUCUUUAGCAUAAUUUUGAUGAUUGAAAAAUAUUUUGGAAAGGAUGGGUCAGGUGCUUUGCCUCCAUAGUCUUUUGAAGUGCCUGCAUAUGAACAAAAAAAAAAAAAACUAAUUCUGUAAAAAAGGAAGCCCAUUCCACUUUUCAAGUAUGCUUUGUUUUAAGCCAUAAAGACACACAUGUAGUUUUCUCACAUUCUGCUAGCCAGAAUUUUCAAGAAGGGUUAAAACAAAGCCUGGCUAGAAGGAUAAUUAUUUUGAACAAAUCUCAUAUUCAUCUUUCAUUUAUAAAAUUGUUACUUACUCCUUCCAUGCAGUCUCUUCGUUGUCUUUAAGUGUGUGCCUUCAGGCAUGCUUAUUUAUUUUUAUUGUCUCAAGGUAACAUUUAAGAUUUAUAUUAAAGUAAAUCUACAUUUUUUUACUUCAUUAUUGCAUUUACAGGGAUUUAAUUAUACUUUGUAAUUUAUUUUUCUUAUUAGCCAAAAGUUUAAUGCAUUUUUUUGAUGAAUUAGGCACCCACAUGAACACCACAAAUCAGGACAUUGUUUUUCAUUGUUGCUAUGAAUCCUGUGAAUGAUCUCUUUUUAUUUUAAAGACCUACACUUAACCUAGAAAACAUUUGCUGUAUAAUUUGGUCAACAGUUUCCAUUCUAUCUAUCUGUAUACUGUCAUGAUGUCUUAAACUGCAGGAGUUACAUACUGAGUUUAUAUUUUUAUUUGCUUUGAGCAAGGUAGAUGGAUGUUUUGGCAAUUAUAAUGUGAAACCAUUUCUUUCUUUACAGUAUUUGACCAAAUUUGUGUGUCUAUGAUAUUUGUAAAUACAUGCGAAUAUCUGUAUUUCUUAUCAUAAGCCUAUUUAGUUUUAUUCUCAGUAGGGUUUUUUGGAUUGUACAGUGUUUAUAUGAUCUGAACUCCUUAUACAUAAGAAGGUGUGUAUAUUAAUCCAAUUAUGGACUUAAAAUAUUUUAAAAGUAUAAAUACCCUUAUUUGCUGCAAAGACCAGUGUGUAGACAUUUGCUUUUUAGCAAUAUUUUUAAGUGCUCCAUUUUAAUGCCAAGGAAUAAGUCUUUUGGCAACACAAACUGGUCAAUAAUAGGUAAUGCAGGUAUGUUCAGGUUAAGCCAACAAUGUUUUGCAGUUUUAUGCUUAUUUUCUGUCAACACUAAUGAAGUCAACAUUGCCUGAAUGUCUGAAUAAUGAAACACAUCCCUGUUUAAAAGUAUGUAACUGAAAAAGAAAUAAAAAAAAAAAUAAAAGUAGUUUUUUUAAACUUG